GAGAUUCAGAGAGGUCAGGUUAUUUGCCUGAGGACACCCAGCCCAAGUCUAUCCUUAACACUGGCUCUAAUAAACUUCAGUAUGUGGUCCAGCCUGAAUGAGUGGCUGUGGCAGGAGAGGUUCUGGCUACCACCCAACAACUCAUGGGCUGUACUGGAGGACCGCGAUGGCCUGGUCUACGCUCACCCCCAGGACAUGCUGCUGGCCCUACCCCUGGCUCUGGCCCUGGUGGCCGUGCGCUUCACCUUCGAGAGAUUCAUAGGCCUGCCCCUGAGCCGGUGGCUGGGUGUGCGGAACCAGACCAGGAGGCCGGUGAAGCCCAAUGCCACGCUGGAGAAACACUUCCUUAUGGAAGGGCAGAGACCCACAGAGCCCCAGAUGAGCCUCCUGGCGACCCAGUGUGGGCUCACCCUGCGACAGACCCAACACUGGUUCCGGAGACGCCGGAACCAGGACCGGCCCUGCCUGACCAAGAAGUUCUGUGAGGCCAGCUGGAGGUUCGCCUUCUAUCUGUGCUCCUUCAUCGGUGGAAUCUCGGUUCUUUACCACGAAUCGUGGCUGUGGACGCCGGUAAUGUGCUGGGACAGUUACCCACAGCAGCCCCUGAAGCCGGCCCUGUACCACUGGUAUCUCCUGGAGCUGAGUUUCUACAUCUCUCUGCUGAUCACGCUGCCCUUCGACACCAAGCGCAAGGAUUUCAAGGAGCAGGUGGCACAUCACUUUGUGACCAUCACCCUGAUCGUCUUCUCCUACAGCACGAAUCUGCUGCGCAUCGGCUCUCUGGUGCUGCUAUUGCACGACUCCUCCGACUACCUGCUGGAGGCCUGUAAGUUGUUCAACUACACGCACUGGCGGCGCGUGUGCGACGCUCUCUUCAUCAUCUUCUCGGUGGUCUUCUUCUACACCCGCCUCGUGCUCUUCCCCACCCAGAUCCUCUAUACCACAUACUACGAGUCCGUGGCCAACUCGGGCCCCUUCUUCGGCUACUACUUCUUCAAUGCGCUUCUGAUGGCGCUACAGCUGCUGCACGUGUUCUGGUCUUGCCUCAUCCUUCGCAUGAUCUGCAGCUUCAUAAAGAAAGGCCAGAUGGAGAAAGAUGUUCGCAGCGACGUGGAAGAGUCAGACUCCAGCGAUGGGGAGGCAGCCCAGGAGUACCCGCGGCUGAAGAACAGGGCGGCUCACCGGCCGGGAGCAGCUCCCACCGAUGGCCCUCGGAGCCGGGCAGCUAGGCAGAUGGCCAACGGGCACACAUCAGCCACGUAG